AGCAUGGCUUAUCCUUUACUCCUCUGCCUCUUGCUCGCCCAUCUGGGAUUGGGAACUGCUAGCGCCAGCCGCGACCCUCCGGGACGGCUGGAUUCCCCUAGAGAGAGAACCCUGAGGCUGAAGCAGCACGCCCAGCAGCCGGCUCGAGCCUCUGCCGCGGAUCCCUCGGCUCCCUGGAGCCGCUCCACCGACGGCACCAUCUUGGCGCAGAAACUCGCCGAGGAGGUGCCCACGGACGUGGCCUCUUACCUGUACAGCGGGGACUCCCACGAGCUGAAGCGAGCCAACUGCUCCAGCCGCUACGAGUUGGCGGGCCUGUCGGGGAAGUCGUCGGCCCUAGCCAGCUCCCAUCCCUCCUUGCACGGGGCGCUGGACACGCUGACACACGCCACUAACUUCCUCAACAUGAUGCUGCAGAGCAAUAAGUCGCGGGAGCAGAACUUGCAGGACGACCUGGAGUGGUACCAGGCGCUGGUGCGGAGUCUCCUGGAGGGCGAGCCCAGCAUUUCCCGGGCAGCCAUCACCUUCAGCACCGAGUCGCUGUCCGCGCCGGUUUUCCUCCAGGCCACCCGCGAAGAGAGUCGCAUCCUGCUCCAGGACCUGUCCUCCUCGGCACACCACCUGGCCAACGCCACGCUAGAGACCGAGUGGUUCCACGGCCUGCGGCGCAAGUGGAGGACCCACUUACACCGCCGCGGCUCCAAUCAGGGGCCCCGGAGCCUGGGCCAUAGCUGGCGGCGCAGGGACGGGCUUGGCGGGGACAAGAGCCAUGUCAAGUGGUCCCCGCCUUAUCUGGAGUGCGAGAACGGGAGUUACAAGCCCGGGUGGCUGGUCACUCUCUCCGCUGCUUUCUACGGGUUGCAGCCUAACCUGGUCCCGGAAUUCAGGGGUGUUAUGAAAGUUGACAUAAAUCUUCAGAAAGUGGACAUUGACCAAUGUUCAAGUGAUGGCUGGUUUUCAGGAACUCACAAAUGCCACCUUAACAAUUCAGAGUGUAUGCCAAUUAAAGGCCUAGGAUUCGUGCUUGGAGCCUAUCAGUGCAUUUGCAAAGCAGGAUUCUAUCAUCCUCAAGACUUCUCACUGAACAACCUUCCGAGAAGGGGUCCGGAUCAUCCUUUGACAGGAGGUGCAAAAGAUGUGUCAGAAGAAGCCCAUGUCUGCCUACCCUGCAGGGAGGGCUGCCCCUACUGUGCUGAUGACAGCCCCUGCUUUGUCCAGGAGGAUAAGUAUUUGCGACUUGCUAUCAUCUCCUUCCAAGCCCUGUGUAUGCUGCUCGACUUCGUUAGCAUGCUGGCGGUCUACCGCUUUCGCAAAGCAAAG